GGUCAGAUUUGUCGAAUGAGUGUUUUCAAGAGAAACAAAAUUACUGACAUUCCUUCGGUGCUGUAUAAAUACGCUGUCAUUGCGGUCCUCAAACCCACGGAAAGUGUUCGAGUGGAGAUACACACGAGCUUUGACUCGCUGGCUCUGCUGCUUCGACGAGGAAAAAAAAUGUCGCGGAAAAUGACCAGUAUCACGUUUGUACACUGCGCAGCAACACUGCUUCUCUUGGUGGCAUUUUCAUUCCUACGCGUUCUCAGAAUUUUGCCCAGAACAAGAUGGAUCGUGGUUAAACUGAUGGACUUGACAUCGGUUGUACCGCUGCCAAAGGAAAUGUACUGGAGUUCACUGUUUAGUUGGCAGAUGUUGAAAUCUGUGCGCAAUUCCAUCCAUCUCGAGCUUCUGAAAACUGUAAGAAAGGAUCACACGGCACCGGACCCUCUCCUUGCUUCCUUAGACGGAGAGUCGCAUAGUCGACUGCUCAGCUUCUGCAAGGGGAGCCGUCCACUGGUUGUCAACUUCUGCAGCUGGACCUGCCCAGUUUUUAGAGCUAGGGUGGGCGAAUUUCUAAGCGUGGUACAGGAAUUCAGUGAUGUUGCUGAUUUCCUUACUAUAUACGUCGAGGAAGCCCAUCCAAGUGACGGUUGGGCUUUUGAGAACAACGUCAAAAUUUCUACCCACAAGACCCUGGAGGAUAGAUGCCGAGCAGCAAAGCUUAUGCAGGACUCUGUUCACUUUAGCUGUCCCAUAAUGAUAGACACGAUGGGUAACGAAGCUAACAAUGCAUACGCCGGGCUUCCUAUCAGACUUUACGUGAUAAAGAAUCAAAAAGUGAAAUUUGCUGGUUUAACUGGACCGACAUUUUACGACCCACAAAAUGUGGCAAAGUGGUUAAAGGAAUACAAGGUUGAACUUAUGAAAACUGGCCGUCAUCGGGCGUAAAACAUUAGAAACAACCGAGUCGAGGAACACAAAACAUUCAAAUGAUGCGCCUCCAUAGAACAAGCCACGCAAGGAAAGACAAUUAGGAUAAAUGGCUAAAACCGGAAGUUUAUAACAAUUCAUGCAACGCACAGAUCUGGGAAUCCUUGCUCAAAAAGUAUCGAACAAUGACCAAGAACGAUGUUCAAAGAAAUACUAAUUUUUAAGGUAGAUUUGAGGUAGCAACUAACAAAGAGAUAUUGUUGACGUGUUUUGAUGUCGUGGUAGACCGAGUAACUGCACUAUUUGUCUUUAACUUACUUACAAGCAGUUGAGUCAUUGAUCUGUAGAAAUAGCUUCUUAAACGGUCGCGACAACUUUAAUUCUAAGCUCAGUGUAAUAAUUGAUGAAAGGAAGUCUUUGUAGUUGCUUGACCAGUCGUUCAUCGUGCGAAAACACGAAUGUAAAUAAAUCGCGUGUUAAAUAGUCUA